GCGGGAGCGAGGCACAUGCGUACUCGCCGCCAUUGUUACACGAUCGAGGAAGGAGAUAUUUGGAGUUAAAGUGUAGUUUUGUGCCUAUAUAAACAAUCAAACAUCAUACGACUGCUGUACUCUUAAAAAUAAACACCCCAUACAAACUUUAAAGACUAUAUUUUAAUUAAGGUUUGACUAAGCGUGUCAAAAAUCUCUGUGGAAUGUCUACGAGUGUUGAUCAGAGAGGCAAAGGUCAGCCAAACCAAGUAUCGAAUGGCACAAUCAAAGAUGGGGUAAAAGAUGAAGAAUUUGAUCCAUACCUUCAGCAGCAGCAACAACAACAGCAACAACAACCACCUAUUCAGGGUUACGGACCAGGAACAAUGUCAAGUCCUAUAACUGAUCCCUUUAUGCCGAACUAUUACAACCCCUCUAUGUCAUUUCCUUAUCUUGGGCAAGGACUUGGUGAUGGAGCAUGGUCGAAUGGCGGUGAUACGUCAAUGUUUUCAGCAGUGGGAGGAUAUGACUAUAAUGGAAUGUUUAGUGGUUUCGGGUAUCCUCAGUUUUGGGGUGAAUAUCAACCAAGUGAAUAUUGGGGACAAAAUGCAACAGCACAAGGUCAAGGUCGUAAGGAUGCAAGGGGUUAUACAACAGAGGACUAUUAUAGGAUGGAUAAUAUGGUGCCAACUGAUCCAUAUUCUGCUAUGAAUGGUGAUAUGGAGCGUGAUCCUGCAAUAGCUAGUAUGGAGCAGGGUUUGAAAGGUAUGAACAUUGGAAUGGAAAAUCAAAUAGAAGGGGCUCCACCAAAUGACCUUCAACAUGCAUCCAUAGAUCCUUCAAUGCAGACUGGAAAUGUUCAGCAUUCUGGUUCAUCUCAAGCACCUAAAAAGACCUCGUGGGCUGCUAUUGCAAGUCAGCCAGCACGCCCUCAGCCACAGAAGCCGAGGUCUAUUCCUCGUGCACCAGUGAAUCCCAGUAGGCAAAACAACUUGGACAUUGGUACAUGGGACAGUAAUAAGAACUCUGCUGCUGGUGGUGGCAGGCAGCCUGCUCCCCAGCAGCCAAGGACUUGGAGUGCUCCAAGAUCUACACGCUCUGCUACAAAUUACAGUAGUGCUGGAAAUUCUGGGAACUCUAAUCCACCACCUAGUUCUUCUACUGGAAACGCUGGACUGUCUAAUAUUAGUGCUCCCUCAACUGGUGGCGCAAACGGCACUGCUCAUCCUGUGUUAGAAAAGUUGAAAUCAGCAAAUCAGUAUAAUCCAAAGGACUUUGCAAUCAAUACUAAGGGCGCUAGAUAUUUCAUAAUCAAGAGUUACUCUGAAGAUGACAUUCAUCGUUCAAUCAAGUAUAGCAUUUGGUGUUCGACAGAACAUGGAAAUAAGAGACUAGAUGCUGCAUUCAAGGAACGAGAGGGAAAGGGUCCUGUUUACUUAUUGUACAGUGUGAACGGUUCUGGCCACUUUUGUGGUGUUGCCCAAAUGAAUAGUAUGGUGGACUAUAGUCAGAGUGCUGGUGUGUGGGCACAAGACAAGUGGAAAGGUCAAAUUGAAGUGAAAUGGAUCUAUGUGAAAGAUGUGCCAAAUAGUCAGCUGAGGCACAUCCGUCUGGAAAAUAAUGAGAACAAGCCAGUAACAAAUUCACGUGACACACAAGAAGUGCCACCAGAAAAGGGAAAGCAAGUGUUGAAAAUAAUGCACAACUAUAAGCACUCAACAUCAAUUUUUGAUGAUUUUGGACACUAUGAGAAGCGUCAAGAGGAAGAUCAGGGUCCCCCUACCAAGCCUAAGUCUCAGUCGGCAAGCAGACAGCGACAGAAUUAAGUGGUGAUUCAGGUGGACAAGCAACAAGGAAUUAUUUGAGAAGAGUGAAUAUUUUUGUGUAGGCAAACUAGUUGUAGUAGUACUAUGUGACUUCAGUGUUCUUUUUCUUUUUAUUUCUAUUUUUUGUCAAAGACUUCACCAUGAAAAUUGUUGAUGUUAAUUGUUGGACAUGUUUUUCAAAUUACUUUUUUACUUAUAAACAAGCAUGGACAAAGUGUUAAUAAGAGAGUAGAUUUUUUCCCUCAAAGAGAACUUCCUGUGGUAAAACAGCUUUCAAUCUUAUAUUUUUCUUUAUUAUACUUGUCCCCCACAUCAUUUACAUGCAUUUAGAUUAUGGGGUUAUGGAAAGUACAUUGAUUGGAUGUUAUAAGGAAAUAGAAUUUGUGCAUCAUUUUAGCUUAGAUUUGUAUCAUUUUGCAUACCUUCAUUGUUUUUCUCCUUUUUUCAUCAUAUAUAGCUUAAUUUCUUCAAAUCAUUUACCCACAUUUCUUCUCUUUAAUUCGGUCAUACCCAGUCAUUCAAUAAAUGAAGAUAACAAGAGUGCUUGCCCUUUAUUCAGUUAUUUAUACAGUGUAUUACCUCCCUUAGACUGCAAAAGAGCAAAGGAUAACGGAAAUAAGACUAGUGAAUAACUUUUAUGGAAAGUGUUCAAAAACAUAAAGAAAGUGAAGUGAAAGAAAAAGAAACAAAGAUUUAAGCGUUAUGAAAACAAUGAAACAUAUAUAUAUACACUACUACAAAAGUGCUUUCAUUCCAGGACAAGUGUGUUUGUGCCAGAUUUUUUUUCUUUUUUUUUUCUUGAAAAACAAAAUAUGUUUUAACAAAAGAAGUAUUCAGCACAGACUCGUAUGAUGAGAAAACUAAGACAUGCUAGAAGCAGUGUGUAGUGUGAAAAAUAAACUUCAAGAAAAGGAAUACACAUGGUGCUUGUGUCCAGUGACAUACUGGGGGAUGCAUUGUUAUAACUUGUUAGUUCUUUCAUUCAAAACUUAUAAACAGAAACUAUGUGAAAGAGGAAAGAGCUGUGCUCAAAAACAUACACUUGUUUUAAGUUUUCAUACAUAUUUCAUGAAGGAGUAAUGCUCUUUGUUUUUACACGCAAAAAGACAGAUAAAAGACUGAAUUUUAAAAUUUUCUCAACCUUAUGUGAUAAUCUUGGAUCCAAAGUAAACAUGUCUAGUGUUUUUAGACGUUGUUGAAAGUAUUUGAAACUAUGGGAAUAAAGGACUACAACAAAUUUUGAAAUGUACAGGUAGAUAAUUGUGAAACUGGAAUAAUAUGAAUGUGAGGUUAGUUUGGUGAAAAUCAGUCUAAUAUUCAUGUUGUUUGAAAAUAAGUGUAUUUGUAAAAUUUGACCCCUGCAAACAAAGUUUGAAGGGGAUAUACUGGAGUCACUUGUCCCCUUGUCAGUCUGUAUACAGUGCUUAAUUAAUACAUCUUAAAUUCUUAGUAUUCCUAUUUUUCUGGUUUUCAUCUCUGAAUCUUGGUAAUGCCUUUUGAAAUUGCUUUUUGAGGUCAAGUGUUUUGAAGAAGAAAAAAUCAGCCUCCUGAGGACUUUGCUUCCCUCUCGUCUACAAAAGUUAUAUGAAUCCUGUGUCUUGGGUCAAAAAAUGGUCCCACUUGGGGUCAUUUAGUAUUAUAAUUAUAGUUAGUUAAUUAGAUGUAUGAUUAACAGUGUUUCAAUGUUUCAAGUCAUCUAUAGAUUAGCAGUAUUAAACUCUUUAUCUUAUUUUUGACAAAAAUAAUAAAAAUAACCAGAGCUUACAUUUCGUUUGAAAAUUAAUGAUUAAAGUUAAAAGUUCAUCUGUUAAAUGGAAUAACAACAGACAUGUUUUCAUUGACUUAAGAAUAGAUUUACUUAAUUUAUCCAUAUAAUAUAUAACAGUAUAAAUUGUAAGAAAGGAUCAUAGUUGUGAAAUGUAAUAAUAAACAAGAAAAGAAAAGCAUAUUUGAAAAGAAAUAUGGUUUCAUUAAAAGAGGUAUGUCACAAUUUUAAGAAGGGUUGGUCCAGAAAGAAUUGUCAUAUCAUUUAGACUUUUCAGAAAGGAGGUUCUGUAUUAGGCAUCUAAUAAAAUAUUUUUCGAAUAGGUCUCCUCUAAUUGAAAGAUUGUUGAUUUAUAGAUUUUAAAGUUUUAUUUGUGCAUAUAUGGCCCCAUCUCAGUGGUUGUCUUGACAUGGUCAGAAGUCUUAAUAUAUAUAUGCUUUUUCUCUUAUUAACGGAGGGCCGAUUUCACCUACAUGUUUUAAGAUGACUUUUAACCCUGGUAAAAUGAUGUGUGUGGGUGGCUUGGUUUGGACAGUGACAGUUAUAGUUCUAUUUAGUCAGAUCACUAUUUCUUUAUGUAAUAUUUCUUUAAAACAUUUUAAGAAACAAUGAUAUUAUAUCCAAUAUGUAGCAAUUAUUGCAGGCAAGUUGCUAAAAAUACUACAUUUUCAUUUUCAAAAAUGUGUAUUUUUAAAGCUUUUUAAACUCAUCUUUGCUCCUGCAAUAUUAAGAUCUCAAAAAAUAAAAUCAUUUAAAUGAGAAAUAUAUUUUAUUGAAUUCAAUGCUACCUGUUUGUCAAUCUUAACUAACUUGAAUUUUUCGUUGAUGAAUUAUUUAGGUCCUAAAAUCGAAUCAUUUUGAAGAACAAAAGCACAACCAAAUAUGUUUAAAAAUAAACAGACUUCAAGUUAUGAUUGUAUAUGCAUAAAUGUUGAAUAUAUGAUUGAAAAAUAUGUAUAAAAUCGUUUUGUUUAUAGAAUGACUGCUGUGUGUACAGCUGUGUUAUUUUUUUAUAACAUGGGCUAACAGUAUCACAUGAUUACCAUGAAAAAAUAAAUGUAUACAUGCAA